UCUGGUUUGGUUAUUAAAUAAUUUUUAGCAACACAAUUGGAUUGGAAUAAAUUCGGUCAGAAUGUCUUUUAAAUUUAUUUUUCUAUUUAAUAUUAACAAAAUUGUUAGCUAUAAUAACACUCUGAAAAAUCCAAUAUUAUGUAACGCUGUACGCUACACAAGUUUUUUUAACAAACUUCCCGCUGCUGAUUUAUGGAAGGGAGUUACUGCUGUGAGUAAUGCUGGUAAAAAACGAGGAAGAGGGAAAGGUACUGGAAAGAAAGUUGCUAAAGAUCUAAAUAAGGGUCAAAUAAUUGGAGUUGGAAAAAAAAAUAUUUUGUGGCCCGGAUUAAAUGCGCCUAUUAUAAGAGGAAAAGAAAUAGUACAACAACAAAUGCUAGCGGAAGAUACUGAAAGAGAAAAAAAUAUUUUGAAAAUACGUGAUGCAAUUGGGGGCUAUCGUGUUAUAAAAGUAAGCCCGGUUGAUCGUGGUUGGUCUGGCUCUAAAAUGCCUGGUCGAAGCAUUGGACCCCCUGAUGCUAUAGGCGAUGACACUUUUGAAGGCUUCGACACACGAGUUUUAGAAAAUAAAAUUGUUUUCAUUAUGAAAGGUAAUAUGGGAAGAAAACGAAGAUUUUCAGUUAUGAGUGUUACAGGAAAUGGCAACGGAUUGGCUGGUUUUGCUACUGCAAAAGCAUCGGAAGCUCGUACUGCGUUAAGAAAGUCAAAAAAUAGAGCUGGUCAAAAAUUAAUGAGAAUAGAACUAUGCGACAACCGAACGAUAUUUCAUGAUUUUCAUUGUGCUUUCGGAAAUACUAAAAUUUUUGUCUCAAAGAAGCCAGAGGGUUAUGGAUUAGUCUGUCAUCGUGCAAUUCAAACAAUUUGUAAAGUAAUUGGUAUACGUGAUAUACAUGCUAAAAUAGAAGGUUCUACUAAUUUGCAACAUAUAGUAAAAGCAUUUUUUAUUGGAAUUUUAAAGCAAAAAACACACAAACAAAUAGCUGAUGAAAAACAACUCCAUUUAGUUGAAUUCAGGAAAGAGCAAGAAGGAUUACCUCAUAUUGUUGCUAGUCCAGAAAUUUGCAGAAAACAAGACAGUAUAACCAAGGACGAAAUAAUGAAUUUUACGCAAUAUGUUUUGGGGAAUAAAAUUGUAUUAAAAAAGACAGUUAUUCCCCCAUUUUAUACAAAUACUGCGGGCUAUAAAUUAUAUUCUAAAAAGCAAGAAUAUUUAAGAAAUCAAAACAAAGUAAGACUUAAUAUGCUGAUUAAUAACAACGAGCUUAAAAGUUUUUUAUCGAGUUGAAUACAUAAGUUAAAAUAUUGUAUGUUAAAUUAAUGUUUAUAUUGUAUAAUAAAUUAAAAUUCAAAUAAAUAUUAUAAAAUCAAA